AUGAGUGGUUUCGUGAAGCUGUGGGCGGAAGUUUCGUCGCGGCUGUCUGCGAAGAUACCCCCCUUUCCCCCUUCCUCCUCCCCCUCAUUUAUCCCUCCCGUAACCCUUUCCGCACCCAUUCUUUCCCCUUCUUUCCUGUCCCUUCCCGCAACUCCCGUUUUCCCUUCCACCCACCCGCCCCCCUCCUUUUUGUCAGCGCCCCUUCGAUCUCAUGAAGCUGAGGGCGUAAGUUCUCUCGUUGCUGUCUUCAAAGGAGCCUCUCAACCUAUCUCUCCCCCCUCCCCCCCCCCUCCCUCUUUUAAUCCUUUCCGCCCGUCCUCCCCCCCCCCCCUCUCUUCCCCAGCUCCCCAACGAUCUCAUGGAGCUUGGGGGCGCAAGUACCUUCAAAGACGCCUGCCGCACCGAUCUCAUGGAGCUGAGGGCGGAAGUGCUGUCGCUGCUGCGCCUGCAGGAGGGGGAGGGGGAAUGGGGGGGGGGGAAGAACAGGGGGCAGGGGAGCAGGAAAAGGGGGAAUGCGGAGCAGGAAGCGCGGAUGGGGAGCGGGAGGAGCUGGAGUUCGUACGGUUGUACGAGGUGGUGGUUGAAAUGGGGAUGGCGUUGCAUCUUAUUCUGGAGUACUACCUGGGUGGCGAUCUGUUUGACCUCGUUAUAAGGCAGAAGCGGCUUACCGAAGCACAAGCCGCCGCUGUAUUCAGGCAGUUGCUGCUGGCAGUGCACGCCAUGCAUCGCAUAGGCAUAGUGCACCGCGACCUCAAGCCAGAGAACAUACUCGUUAGUAGCGGUCCCGUGAGGGUGGCUGAUGCCGGCCUGGCAGCCACGCACUUUUCUCCCACUGCUUCUCCUCCUCCUCAUACCGUCACGGCAACCAGCCCCCCUCCCUGUACCUGCACGGGAAUUCGAGUGAGGGUGGCGGAUUUCGGGCUGGCAGCAACGCUGUCACGCGGGCAGACAGCGGCGUGUGGGGUGGUGGGCUCGCCCUUUUACAUGGCUCGUGAGAUCAUCCGGGGGAGGCCGUAUGCGGGGGAGGUCGACAUGUGGAGCCUCGGCUGCGUUCUCUACACCAGCCUGUCAGGCUCCGUGCCGUUCCAAGGAAGGACACACUGCGAGGUUUUCGCUUCGGUGCUAGGCUCGGCGCCGGACCUGAAAGGCGAGGUCUGGGAGGGCAUUUCGAGGGAGGCUAAGCAGCUGUUAAGGUGUCUGCUCGCAACGGAUCCUGGGCGAAGGCUCAAGGCUCAUGAGGUGCUGAAUCACCCUUGGGUUAGGGCGGCGUGUGGAGGAGAGUGUUGCAUCCAAGAGAGAGAGUGGAGGAAGGAAAAGAAGAGGGAUGACGGAGAGGGAGUCGUGAGGAAGGGGGAUUGUAAGAACGAGAGCAGGAGUGGGAAGGGUCUUACAGCAGAGGGGAAGGUGAGUGGUGGAGUGGUGCAUGUGGAAAAGGCGUGUGUGGAAAGCCAUUCAGGGGAAGGCGCGGAUGGGCAGCAUGUGGUGGGGCAUGAGGAGCGCUGCCCUGUGUGCCAGGCAAGCAAUCCCCAUACUUGCUGUCAGACCAGCCAUGCUGAUGCUGCUGACAGGCUAGUAGUGCAGGAGAAGGUGGGUAAGGGUGCAAGCAGGAACGGGAAUUCAGCAGAGAUGGAGCAGAUGCAUGGGCUGGCCAGGGGGGGUGGCAGUGGGAGAAGCAUCAGCACUGCAGCGUGUGGGGAUGUCGGUCCCACCGUUGGCUCUAAUGUUGUCGAUUCCUCCCACCCUACCAUCGCCCACCCUCAUGUCUCCCACCCUCCCAUCUCCCACCCUCCCAUCGCCCACCAUCCCGUCUCCCACCCUCCCAUCUCCCACCCUCCCAUCGCCCACCCUCCCAUCGCCCAAGCUACUUGGGGUCGGUGUCUGACAGCCAUGCCCAUGACCAGCAGAGAGCGCUCCUCUGCUUGUGCUUCCUCUGCUUGCGCUUCCUCUACUUGUGCUUCCCCUGCUUGUGCUUCCUCUACUUGCGCUUCCUCUGCUUGCGCUUCCUCUGCUUGCGCUUCCUGUGCUUGUGCUUCCUCUGCUUGCGCUUCCUCUGCUUGUGCUUCCUCUGCUUGUGCUUCCUCUGCUUGUGCUUCCUCUGCUUGCGCUUCCUCUGCUCGUGCUUCCUCUUCUUGCGCUUCCUCUGCUUGUGCUACCUCUGCUUGUGCUUCCUCUGCUUGUGCUUCCUCUGCUUGUGUUUCCUCUGCUUGUGCUUCCUCUGCUUGUGCUUCCUCUGCUUGUGCUUCCUCUGCUAGCGCUUCCUCUGCUUGUGCUUCCUUAGCUUGUGAUUCCUCUGCUUGCGAUUCCUUUGCUUACGCUUCCUUUGCUUGUGCUUCCUCUGCUUGUGCUUCCUCUGCUUUCGCUACCUCUGCUUGUGCUUCCUAUGCUUGUGCUUCCUCUACUUGUGCUUCCUAUGCUUGUGCUUCCUCUACUUGUUCUUCCUUUGCUUUCGCUACCUCUGCUUGUGCUUCCUAUGCUUGUGCUUCCUCUGCUUGUGCUUCCUAUGCUUGUGCUUCCUCUGCUUGUGCUUCCUAUGCUUGUGCUUCCUCUGCUUGUGCUUCCUGUGCUUGCGCUUCCUCCGCUUGUGCUCCCUCUGCUUGCGCUUCCUCUGCUUGUUCUUCCUCUUCUUGCGCUUCCUCUGCUUGUGCUUCCUCUGCUUGUGCUUCCUCUGCUUGUGCUUCCUCUACUUGUGCUUCCUUUGCUUGUGCUUCCUCUGCUUGUGCUUCCUCUGCUUGUGCUUCCUCUACUUGUGCUUCCUCUGCUUGUGCUUCCUCUGCUUGUGCUUCCUCUGCUUGUGCUUCCUCUGCUUACGCUUUCUCUACUUGUGCUUCCUCUGCUUGUGCUUCCUGUGCUUGCGCUUCCUCUGCUUGUGCUUCCUCUGCUUGCACUUCCUCUGCUUGCGCUUCCUCUGCUUGUGCUUUUGACGCUCGCGCUUCCUCUGCUCAUGCUUCCUCUGCAUGUGCUUCCUCUGCUUGCGCUUCCUCUGCUUGCGCUUCCUCUGCUUACGCUUCCUCUGUUUGCGCUUCCUCUGCUUCUUCUUCCUGUGCUUGCGCUUCCUCUGCUUGCGCCUCCUCUGCUUGUGCUUCCUCUGCUUGUGCUUCCUCUGCUUGCGCUUCCUCUGCUUGUGCUUCCUCUACUUGCGCUUCCUCUGCUUGUGCUUCCUCUGCUUGCGCUUCCUCUGCUUGUGCUUCCUCUGCUUGCGCUUCCUAUGCUUGUGCUUCCUCUGCUUGCGCUUCCUCUGCUUGUGCUUCCUCUGCUUACGCUUCCUUUUCUUGUGCUUCCUCUGCUUGCGCUUUCUCUGCUUGCGCUUCCUCUGCUUGUUCUUCCUCUGCUUGCGCUUCCUCUGCUUGCGCUUCCUCUGCUUGCGCUCCCUCUCCUUGUGCUUCCUCUGCUUGCGCUUCCUCUGCUUGCGCUUCCUCUGCUUGUGCUUCCUCUGCUUGUGCUUCCUCUGCUUGUGCUUCCUCUGCUUGUGCUUCCUCUACUUGUGCUUCCUCUGCUUGUGCUUCCUCUGCUUACGCUUCCUCUUCUUGCGCUCCUCUGCUUGCGCUUCCUCUGCUUACGCUUCCUCUGCUUGCGCUUCCUCUGCUUGCGCUUCCACUGCUUACGCUUCCUCUACUUGCGCUCCUCUGCUUGCGCUUCCUAUGCUUACGCUUCCUCUGCUUGCGCAUCCUCUCCUUGCGCUUCCUUUGCUUGUGUUUCCUCUGCUUUUGCUUCCUCUGCUUGCGCUUCCUCUGCUUGCGCUUCCUCUGCUUGCGCUUCCUCUGCUUGUGCUUCCUCUGCUUACCUUGUUCUUCCUCUGCUUGCGCUUCCUUUGCUUGUGCUUCCUCUAUAUGCGCUUCCUCUGCUUUUGCUUCCUCUGCGUGUGCUUCCUGUGCUUGUGCUUCCUGUGCUUACGCUUCCUCUGCUUGCGCUUCCUCUUCUUGUUCUUCCUCUGCUUGCGCUUCCUCUGCUUGCGCUUCCUCUGCUUGUGCUUCCUGUGCUUGCGCUUCCUCUGCUUGUGCUCCCUCUGCUUGCGCUUCCUCUGCUUGUGCUUCCUCUGCUUGUGCUUCCUCUGCUUGUGCUUCCUCUGCUUGUGCUUCCUUUGCUUGUGCUUCCUCUGCUUGUGCUUCCUCUGCUUGUGCUUCCUCUGCUUGCGCUUCCUCUGCUUGUGCUUCCUUAGCUUGUGAUUCCUCUGCUUGCGAUUCCUUUGCUUACGCUUCCUUUGCUUGUGCUUCCUCUGCUUAUGCUUUCUCUGCUUGCGCUUCCUCUGCUUGUGCUUCCUGUGCUUGCGCUUCCUCUGCUUGUGCUUCCUUUGUUUGCACUUCCUCUGCUUGCGCUUCCUCUGCUUGUGCUUUUGACGCUCGCGCUUCCUCUGCUCAUGCUUCCUCUGCAUGUGCUUCCUCUGCUUGCGCUUCCUCUGCUUGCGCUUCCUCUGCUUGCGCUUCCUCUGCUUACGCUUCCUCUUUUUGCGCUUCCUCUGCUUCUUCUUCAUGUGCUUGCGCUUCCUCUGCUUGCGCUUCCUCUGCUUGUGCUUCCUCUGCUUGUGCUUCCUCUGCUUGCGCUUCCUCUGCUUGUGCUUCCUCUGCUUGCGCUUCCUCUGCUUGUGCUUCCUCUGCUUGCGCUUCCUCUGCUUGUGCUUCCUCUGUUUGCGCCUCCUAUGCUUGUGCUUCCUCUGCUUGCGCUUCCUUUGCUUGUGCUUCCUCUGCUUACGCUUCCUUUUCUUGUGCUUCCUCUGCUUGCGCUUUCUAUGCUUGCGCUUCCUCUGCUUGUUCUUCCUCUGCUUGCGCUUCAUCUGCUUGCGCUUCCUCUGCUUGCGCUUCCUCUCCUUGUGCUUCCUCUGCUUGCGCUUCCUCUGCUUGCGCUUCCUCUGCUUGUGCUUCCUCUGCUUGCGCUACCUCGGCUUGUGAUUCCUCUGCUUGCGCAUCCUCUGCUUGUGCUUCCUCUGCUUGUGCUUCCUCUGCUUGUACUUCCUCUUCUUGUGCUUCCUCUGCUUGUGCUUCCUCUACUUGUGCAUCCUCUGCUUGUGCUUCCUCUGCUUGUGCUUCCUCUGCUUGUGCUUCCUCUACUUGCGCUUCCUCUGCUUACGCUUCCUCUGCUUGCGCUCCUCUGCUUGCGCUUCCUCUGCUUACGCUUCCUCUAGUGUGA